AUGGAUGCUAGAUUCCACAAUCAGCGUUUUGCUGCUAACCCUGUAUCUAAUGCAUUCAAGAAUCCGAGCAAUUCCAUCCAAAAUGGAGGAGCUGGAGCUGGAGCUGGAGCUGGAGCUGGAGGCAUUUGUUAUGCUGAUAGAAUCUUACAACUUGAUUCACCUGCUUUUCCAAUUCCCUUGGCAUCUGCUCCUAAGGAAAUCAAGCGUAAAUGGAGCCUGAUAAAUGGAUCUCUGGACCAGCAAAUUAGAUCUCCAUUAUGUCUCCAGCUGGGCAGUUCUUCAGACAGUAAAGGCAGCACAGUGACUGCGUGCACCUCAUUACCUUCAGCUAAAGAAACUGAAGGAGAGUCCACAAUGGAUCUAGAACUGGAUUUCACUCUCCAUCUUGGUCGUGAGAAGUCGCAAAGUCCAAAACUAUCAGCCAGCCACAAUUUGAAAUCACUUGAUGCAUAUCCUAAGGUUGAUUUGGAGUUGAGCCUUUCCAGUGGGCCUGCUGAAUCUGAUAUCGCAAAUGUUCAUCGAAGCUCCACUGCACCAAAAAGUAUCCUCAAAAUGCCAGUUGGUGAUGGAGCUUUAAAUAUACAUAAAGGAUCAAUAGGAAGUCCUAUUUAUCCACUGCAGACUGCACCAGACAUGGAAACAAACUACUUUUUCAACAAGGCUCUAAGGCAAACUAAGACAGCAACAGUUGUAAAAGAUAUCUCGUCAAGUGUUGUAAAAACACCAAAAAGCCCAGUCACCUGUACUUCCGGGAUAACACAGCGACAACAGCAGCGUAGUAGUAUUACUAAACAGUGUCAAUUUCAGGGAUGUUCGAAGGGAGCAAGAGGUGCUUCUGGUCUCUGUAUAGCUCAUGGUGGUGGUCGAAGGUGUCAGCGACCUGGUUGCCAUAAAGGAGCCGAGGGUCGAACUGCAUUCUGCAAGGCUCAUGGUGGUGGCCGACGUUGCGAAUAUUUAGGAUGUACAAAAAGUGCAGAAGGACGUACGGACUUUUGCAUAGCUCAUGGCGGUGGCCGGCGUUGCAGCCAUGAGGGUUGCAAUCGUGCAGCCAGAGGAAAAUCUGGAUUAUGCAUUCGACAUGGCGGUGGCAAGAGAUGCCAGAUAAAGAACUGCACAAAGAGUGCUGAAGGCCUCUCUGGCCUUUGCAUAUCACAUGGAGGUGGCCGCCGAUGUCAGUAUCCCGAAUGCACUAAAGGGGCUCAGGGAAGCACAAUGUUUUGCAAGGCUCAUGGAGGUGGCAAACGCUGCACAUUUUUAGGGUGCAACAAGGGUGCGGAAGGAAGCACACGUUUCUGCAAGGGCCAUGGUGGAGGGAAGCGCUGUACAUUCCAAGUUGGGGUUUGCCCAAAGAGUGUACAUGGAGGGACCCUUUUCUGCGUAGCACACGGGGGCGGCAAAAGGUGUGCUGUCCCAGAUUGCACAAAGAGCGCCAGGGGGCGUACUGACUUUUGUGUCCGUCACGGUGGGGGCAAGAGGUGUAAAUUCGAAGGGUGUGAAAAAAGUGCUCAAGGCAGCACUGAUUUCUGCAAGGCCCAUGGUGGAGGAAAGAUAUGCUCUUGGGGUCAGCCCGGUUCUGAAUUUGGCAAAAGUUACAGUCCCUGUAACUCAUUUGCCAGGGCAAAGACUGGACUCUGCACAUCUCACAGUGCCCUGAUUAAGGACAAACGGGUUCACAGUGGUGCAACUAUAGGAUCUGUCUUCCCGGAGUCCAAGUCCAACCAACUUGCUAAGAUCAAUGAUAUUUUAACUGCUGAGGACGAGAGUGUUGAAAUCAGAAAGAUCGAAGAUAGUGUUGUGACUUCUGCCAACAUUUGGAAUUAUCAUGCUCUUCAUCAAGCUCAUCUGCAUAUUGGACGCGGCCCAUCUCUGGGUACAAUCCCAGAAGGAAGGGUGCAUGGAGGAAACUUGAUGGCGAUGUUUGUGGGCAGUUCUGGUAUCAGCCUCUCUAGCCUUGGAGACAUGGUCGGUCAGCCUGCAAAAUCUUUCAGGACACAUCAAACCAUGAUGUUUUCCACUGCUUCAACUAAAUGA